CGUUCGCAUCGACAACGUAACUUUGCAUGAGGGUCAUACGAUAUUUUUCGCCUGUCAACGCAACUCUUGUCAAAAAAGUCGACUGUGUAUUGGAGAGCAGCAUGACAACCUAGCACUGAGUUCUGAGCUAACUACGUUAGCCCAAAAGUGAGAGCAGCACACCAUCGCGUGGACAAAAAUGAACCAUACUACUCCGAAGGCAGUGGGUCUUGACCCUGCCGUGCUGAGAGAUGAACUCUUUGAGCUAUGGAACCGGAAAAAUCUGCAGACGCUACAUUUGGCAGCCCUCCAGGGAUUUUCAAAGCUGUCUGAGCCUCUGGAGGCUUUACUAACAAUCCUGGAGGGCUGUCCAGGCAAACAGAAGGGUCGGAGCCAAACCCUCAGCCAACACAUCCUCAUGGAAUUCCAGACAUGGAUGAAAGAACAUCCUCAGGUGACCUUGCGCUCACUCUCAGAGCAGCAAGCAAUGACCCUUCAACAGCGGGCUCUGAGCCUGCUAACAGAGACCCACCCAAGCUUUGUAGACGGCCUCAUAAACAUCUACCAGCUCAGUUCCCUGGAUCCAGCCAUACUCCGCCUGCACAUUAUAAUGCUGCACAAUCUUCACUGCUACAAAGAGGCAGCAGUUCUCAGCAUAAAGCUGGAGUUACAAGAAGAACUGAAUAUGGAGGAGAUGUGUGUACCACUAAUCCUGCAGAACAAGUUGCCGUUGGCAGAGUCAUUCGUCACCGGCCACCAUCAUCUAGAACAACGGCUGGUCACACUGCUUGACUCGUGGUGCCACCCCAGCUUCAGCCUAGAAGAGAUAAGCAAACAGUUCCCUCGCUUUUCUGUGACCAGACAGUGCAUGAACCUGAUCCAGCCCAAAAUGCUCACCAAGCAUGUCUUCAGACUGAUGGAGAAAUUCAACAUGGACCAAGGACUGUGUCCCAAUGCUCUGCACAAGAGGAGAUUGGACUCUUUACGUUUCCUCAUGUACAAGAGGUUUGUGGAGAAAAACAUGACAGAGGAGAACUGGAGUGACCAUGUACAGUACGUGGUGGCAGAUGACCUUGAGCUGCAGAUCCAGUUGGUGGAGAUGUUGGUGAAGUACUGUGGUCUUCAGAAAUCCUCUCAGUGGUCACUGAGAUACAACAUCCCCAGAAACCGACUUCCCUGUGGGGUAUGGGAAACGCAGCAGAGUCUACCGCCUCAUCUACAACAGAUAGGUUGUGGUUCAGCACAAACUGAGGAGUGGAUGCCAUCUCAGUCUCACUGUAAAAAGUUCUACCAGGUGCCAAUCACCAAAGACAAGGUUCAUUUUGUGGACUCGCCUGAAGCCCUUCAUAGAUGUCGAAACAUUGUCCUUAAGGAAGGUGGCAUAGUAGGAGUUGACAUGGAGUGGCAGCCCACAUUUGGCUGUAACUCAACUCAGCAAGUUGCCCUGAUACAGCUUGGUGUUCUGGACCAGGUUUUCUUAUUAGACCUUUGUGCAAAUGGAUUCUGUCAACACCCAGAUACUAUUAGUUUCAUCAGGAGCUUGUUCUCUGAAAAAAGCAUCCUUAAACUGGGUUAUGGUAUGUCAGGGGAUCUCAAGUGUCUUUUGGCCACCUGGCACCAGCUUUUAGAGGAGCCACUGAAGAUGGAGGGGAUGCUUGAUCUUCUUAACAUACACAAAAAGAUCCAAUGUCGAAAGAUCAAUAGGAUCCAAAAAGGACCUAGAGAGGUGAUGGUAGGAGAGCACUCUGCAGAGAAAGGCCUCAGUUUGCUGGUACAACAGGUCCUUGGAAAGCCCCUAGACAAAACCGAACAGAUGUCCAACUGGGAGAAACGGCCAUUGCGCAUCAGCCAAAUUAGAUAUGCAGUGGCAGAUGCCUACUGUUUGCUGGAUGUGCACUCUGUCCUCUCCAGCAACCCAGCUAACUAUGGGCUACCCGCUGACCUGCGCAGCAUCUCCUCCAGCCAAUCGGAGGAGAGUGCAGAGAAGAAGAAGGAGAAACAGGCCAAGCAGAUAAAACAGGCUCAUGAAAAAGAGGAAUGUCAGGGGGCUCAAAGGGUCAGUCCCCCUCGCUCUGAUGCAGAGAAAGGCCUCCUGUGUGGCGAGAAGCCCUCAGAAGACACUCCCCCUCUACCCCCCCAGCAGUUGCGGGUGGUGUGUGACAACAUGCUGCAGGGGCUCGGGCGCUACCUGCGCUGUUUAGGAGUCGAUGUGGUCAUGUUGGAGAACACUGACGAUCACAGAGUAGCAGCGAAGUUAGCACAAGCUGAAGGCCGUUUCAUACUCACAUGUGGACAGCCGUUCCAAAGCUUGCGGUCCCAGGUAGGCGAGGGUCGCUGUCUGUCCCUAGACUGUUCAGAAAAGGCCAGAGACCAGGCUGUUCGGGUCCUCAAACACUUCAAUGUCCAACUCACUCCCAGCGAUAUAUUCAGCCGCUGCCAGGCGUGUAACUGUGAUCAGUAUGUGGCGGUGCCCAGGAAGGACAUGGUCAAGAUGCUUCAACAGAAAGGAUUUCUGCAGGACCAGGACAUCUCUGACUACUCACAACAACAACAACUAGAGGAGGAUAAGCUUGGGGACAUUCUGACCCCCAGUGUGACCCCUGAAAUCCACAGGUAUGUUCAGUGUCAAUGGGCCCCCCUUUCUGGGCUGGACCCCGACACCCUGACCUUUCCCGGGGGGGCACCCGUACAGCUCCACACCGUGCCCCCUGCCCUCCUGCCGAGGAUACCGCUCUUCUACGUCUGUACCAGAUGUGGCAAGGUGUUCUGGGAAGGCUCUCACUUCGGUCGCGUCCUCUCCAUGUUUCAGGACGUCUUGAACAUUACGGACGAGGACACUGAAUCUGCAGCAGCAGCACAGCAGAACUGACAAAAAUAGAGCUACGGCACUUUACCUUACCCUCAAAAUCAUCCAUGACAACAUUUUGAAACAUUUAGCAGCUAUGAAAUCUAAUUGAAUUGCCUCAUAUAUACACUAUUUUUCCAUUUUCUAAUCGACUCAAUAAAAGUAAUAAAAGAGUCAUAAAUAUGGGGUUUCUAGUAAGACGUCACCUUCAAAUGCUUUGAAAUAACAAAUAAUAAUCAUAUUUGUUACAUUUGAAUCAGCAGACUGUCCUGAGAGGUCUGAUCUCCUGUUAAUCUGGUAUUAAUGUUUGACAGUCUUUAUUUUAAAUCCAGGCUUUUAGUUUUUUUAAUGUAAAUAGUUUCAACAGUUGUAAACCUUUUGUGUUUAUAAGUUCAAAACUUCUUGCACCAAAGACGGGUAACGCUGUGAUCACAUUUUGACUUUUUGUUCCUUAUUGUUUUAACUGUUAUACCACAUUUAUGGGGAUUUAUGGUUUGGAUCAUAUUGAGAUUAUUUGAAAUGUUCCUCGAGAACCCUUUACCUCAACCGGGAAGUUAUGUCAUCAAGCUGUAAAUCUUUUUAAGUUUGAUAUGUUUACGCUAAUUUUAAAACUUUUUUUAUUGCUUUGAUUCAAGUGCUGCUGUUAAAUGACAACAGGACUCAGUUCUUUGGCCUUUUCAGCAGUCUGUGGUGCUGUAAAUAUUCAUUCUCUGAUUAAAUUCCUGUUAUGUUUUAUUAUUUAGCUGAAAGCUGAAUAUGUGUUAAUAAACACUCUUCGUUUCAUUUAUUAA